AUGGACAAAAACAUACAAGCCAUCGAGCUCACACAGCACAAUUCGACAAACAUUGCAGUCAUCGAUGUCGGUCUAGGAUCAAAAACCGUUACCCUUGUGUCAGCAUAUUUCAAGUAUAGCGUGCCCACGCAUCACUUCACGGAGAAGUUGAGAACGAUUCUCGAGGGGAGCACCGAGGCUAUUAUAGGUGCAGAUACCAAUGGCCACUCGCCGAGAUGGCAUAGCUCCGAUCAAAAUCAAAGAGGCCGAAUAGUGGAGGACCUCAUUGAUGACUUUGACCUAAAGAUUAUAAACACUCCAGGCAAUAUAGAGACCUACGCACGCCAGGGCAUGGGUUCCUCCAACAUCGACGUAACUCUUAGCACGCCAGGCAUUGCUGGUAACAUCACGAACUGGCUAGUAAGCGACGUGACCGAUAGCGAUCACCGCUUACUCAGCUAUGCCCUGGACAUCACGAUAGGUAGGACUCAAGGAAGUAAACGCUUCGACGUUGGCAGAGCGGACUGGGACAGUUUCUCUCUGGAACUAGCAAGAAGCGUUCUGACAGUCCAGACGACGGCUGGUCUCAACGCACACGCGUCAACACUGAUAGGUGCCAUAACCACCGCCGCCAAAAAAGCAAUUCCAACAAGGACUGACAGACGGUGGAAUAUAAUAAGACAGCCUUGGUGGACGGAGACACUUACCUCCAUGAGGAAAAGGCUAAAUUUGGCCAAAAGACGAGGUCUCAUGCAUCAGGACAGACAGGCAUACAAUCGCCUGAGGAAUCAAUUCCUGCAGGAAAUAAGAAGUUCCAAGAUGACGGCAUGGAGAAAUAUGUCCGACAAUAUAAACGUGCACACCUGGGGCAAAGCGUUUAAGUACGCGAAAAACGGACCUCGCGCGAUAGGCGUCACCUGCUCUUUAAGCAGGGCAGAUGGGACCCUUACAAAGACAGUCGGCGAGACAAUAUCAGAGCUGCUAGAUACAUUCGUUCCUGCAGACCCGGACCAGGGGGGGUCCCUGCGAUAUGGACCAAUGGAACAACAUGUUCCGAUCGAUGAACUAGAAAUAAAGAACGCAACCCGAGUAGCAUUUUUUACGUUCAGUGUCGGUUUCUCAUUACUGUCAAUUUUAUACGGUUUAUACUGGGUAUGUGAACUGUGCUAUUGA